AUGAUCCUCAUAUUUCUCACUGUCUCAUUAUUAUUCACGUGUUCUACUUCUACCCACCAGCCUUUGGCCACCCCUACAAACAUUCAAUCAUCACUAAAACCAUUGACAUUCGAUGGCAAUCUCAGCUUUGAAAACAUUCACCAAGCAGCCAACGACUUUGGCAAUAUAUACCACUUCCUUCCCUCUGCAAUUCUCUACCCAGAAACAGUUUCUGAUAUUUCCAUCGCAAUAAAACAUAUUUACGAAAUGGGCACCACCUCUGGGUUGACAGUUGCAGCAAGAGGCAAUGGCCACUCUCAUCAUGGUCAAGCACAGGCAUAUCAGGGGAUCGUAAUCAAUAUGAAAUCGCUCCGGGGACCGGAAAUGCAGUUUUACACCGGAGAGCUGCCGUAUGUGGAUGUUUCCGGCGGUGAACUUUGGAUAAAUAUUCUGCUUGAGAGUCUUAAACAUGGGCUGUCUCCAAAGUCUUGGACUGAUUAUCUUCAUCUCACGGUGGGAGGGACGCUGUCAAACGCCGGGGUCAGUGGGCAGGCAUUCCGGCAUGGACCUCAGAUCCAUAACGUCUACCAACUAGAGGUGGUCACAGGAACAGGAGAGGUGGUCACCUGUUCGGAGAAGCAGAAUGCUGAUCUUUUCUACGGUGUUCUUGGAGGACUUGGACAGUUUGGCAUCAUCACCCGGGCCAGAAUUUCUCUAGAACCGGCACCUAUGAUGGUGAAGUGGAUUAGAGUGCUCUACUCAGAUUUUUCCAUAUUUACCAAGGACCAAGAGCAUCUAAUAUCAUCCCAGAAUGCUUUUGACUACAUAGAAGGAUUUGUCAUCAUAAACAGAACUAGUUUAGUAAACAGCUGGAGAUCCACUUUCAAUCCAAAAGACCCAGUUCAAGCCAGCCAGUUCAUUUCUGAUGGAAAAACACUAUUCUGUCUAGAAAUGGCCAAAUACUUCAACCCUCAAGAGAUUGAUUUCAUGAACCAGAAAGUUGACAGCUUGCUGUCAGAAUUGAGCUACAUUGAGUCCACACUGUUCCUAUCAGAAGUCUCAUAUGUCGAAUUCCUGGAUAGAGUGCAUGUUUCCAUGUCAAAACUCCAAGAAAAGGGGUUGUGGGAUCUUCCUCAUCCAUGGCUGAAUCUGAUCAUACCCAGAAGCAGAAUACCUGAGUUUGCCCGGGAAGUUUUUGGAAACAUUCUGACAGACACUAGCAAUGGUCCUAUACUCAUCUACCCAGUUAACAAAUCCAAAUGGAACAAUAUUAGGACAUCGAUGAUCACCCCCGACGAAGAUGUUCUCUACCUAGUGGCUUUCCUACCCUCCGCAAUGCCAGGUUCCACAGGAACAAAUGGCUUAGAACACAUCUUAAACCAAAACAAAAGGAUUCUUUGUUUCUGUGAAUCGGCCCAUCUCGGGGUGAAGCAAUACUUGCCUCAUUACCAGACUCAUGAAGAGUGGAAAGCUCAUUUCGGCUCUAAAUGGGGGGCUUUCGUUCGGAUGAAAUCCACCUAUGACCCUCUUGCAAUCCUUACCCCUGGCCACAGAAUUUUCCAAAAAGGCAGGGUGUUUCAGUGACAUUGGCCAGAGGAAUCAACAAACACAGCAACAUCAGAGCUCUCAAAGAUAAAAUUUGUGCACUGGCAGCUUAUGGAUAUGUUCAACAGUGACUUCAGAGCUCUGGGCAACAGGACAUUGAUGCAGUUAGUAUAGCAGAAGACUAAAUGGCAGAUUAAGAUCAUCG